AUGGCACUCGAAAAAGUUGAUAUAUUAUGUGAAAUUUUUAAAUAUUCUGAACUUGACAAAAUUUAUCCAUGCAUCUUUGUAAACAAAUUAUGGUGUGGAACAGCAGUGCCUAUUCUUUGGCAAGCACCAUUUAUACCCAAUUGUUUUCCUCGUCCAGACGAAAAAGCAUGGAAAUCUUUAAAACAUCUUGCUAAAACUUAUUUACUUUGUCUUACUCCGAGUAGAUAUGAGGUUUUGAAAAAUGAAGGAUUGCCUUUACCAUCGGAAUCAUCACUAAUGUUUGAUUAUUUAUCUCAUUUGAAAGUUUUAGACUUUUCAUUUAUUUAUGAUGUAUCAGACUCUUGGAUUAAUGAUGAAAAUGAAUUGGCACAUUACAAAGAAACGUUAAGAGAGACAUUAAUCGAAAAUAUAAUUGAAAAGGCAAACAAUAUUCAAUUCAUUCAUCUUGAUGGAAAUAUACAAGCACCAAUCCUCAAUAAAGAUACGAAAAGUUUGCAGGAUUUGAGAAGGCUAUAUAUUUAUUCACAAAUAAACGAAGAAAUAUUUGUUAAAAAUAUUUCAGAAUUUGCAAAAAACCUUUCAAGAUUUGCCGAAAAGCUUGAACACAUUACUAUUCGAGAAGAUGCAUAUAGAGAAGAUCAAGAAGAUAAAGAAAAUGAGGCUAGUGCAUUAGCAGAGCUUAUUAAAGCUCCAAGAUCAUUGCAAUAUCUUGAAAUAAUCGGGUACAGAAAUGUUUCUGAAAUAUUUAAAUCUUUACCAAAUCAAUUAGUAAAUCUUUCAUUAAAAGAGAUUGACUUUGGGCAUUUUGAUCAAGAUACUAUUGAUUCUUGGAGUUCAUUCUUUGAACUAAAAAAAUUACAAAAACUCGAGUUCCGUAAAAAUGGCCAUUUUAAUCAGGCAGCUGUACCUUUAAUCAUAAAAAUAAUCGAAUCUGCAAGUCUAAAUCUUCAACACUUGGAAUUAUCCAUGGUUCCUUUAACUCUAGAUAAUAAAGCCAAAAUUGUUAACACUAUCGCUCAGAAUUGUGAAAAUCUUGUUCAUUUAAAUAUUCGUUCUUUAUCAAAUUCUGAAAUUAUAUCAAUUUUAGUUAGUUGUCAAAAACUAAGAGUACUAAAAUUUUAUACUGAGAAUAAUUUUUAUCACGUUAACUUUAUUGAGAUAGCUGAACAUUUAUCACCAUCCAAACUUGAAGUUCUUAACGUUAUUAAAGUUGGAAAUUUUCAGGUGGAGGAUGAAAGCAAACAAAUACUUGAGAAACGUGGAAUUAGACUUAACGAUUUUAAAUUUAUUUGUCCUUAUUAA